AUGGAGCCCCCGACCCGCACCGAGAGCUCCCGCCUGGUCAACCCACGGGACGGUCACGCCGACGGCAGCCUCCGCCUCAAGAGGUACCGCCAGCACCGGCACCCCAUCGCCCGGCAUCUCCAUCACCAUUUACCACCGGCACCCCAUCACCCCGGCACCCUCAGCACCUCCAUCACCGGCAUUUCUUGGCACCGCCAUCGCCGGCACCCCAUCACCCCGGCACUGGUAGCGCCAUCUCCCAGUGCCCCCGGCAACCCCGACACCACCACCCCUCCAUCAUCCCCUGCAUCUGCAACCCUCUAUCCCACGCACCCUCACAGCCGGUACUGGCUCCCUCAUCACGCCCGGCAUCUCCAUCACUCCCCAUCUCCCCGCAUGCCCGCACCCCUGUCUCUAUCCCACCCGGAAGCGUCAGAUCCCAUCCCCCGGGACCCGCAAGCCCCCGUCACGUCCCGCAGUGGCCAGCUCCCCCUGUCCCCGGCAUCCCCCAGCACCUGUAUGGCCAGCACGUCCGUACCCCCCACCCCCGCGCCUUCAGCCUACACGAACAUCAGCACCUUCGCAGACCCCAAGGUAGCCCCGACAGUCCGUGUACCGGCACCCUUAUCCCCGACACCGGCAGCUCCGUUCAAGCGGAACCUGUGCGCCAACCCCGCUCCCCCCUCGGGCGUCCGUCUGGCUGAGUACCGGCGCCCAAGCGUCACCCACCCGCAGCGUUGGUGCGAUGGGGACGGCCCCGGCUCCGCCGAGAGCUCCGUGGCUGUGCAUCCCGACGGGGGCGCCCGGCUGCGGACCCCGGUGCGGCAGCGGGACACGCCGGUGGCGGGGCUCGGGCGGGCACACAGCGGGCCCCGCUCCGGGGUCACGCCGGCAUCGCACGGGCAAGACUGGUGCUUUGAGGGUCGAUGGCGCUCGGCCACCGGGAGCCCCAGGCAGCUCCUGGGGGGGCCGGACAGGGGUUCUGGUAGCCGCCCCCGUGCCCCCAGCCCGGGUCGGGGCAGGCUCCAGGCCCGCCGGCAGCUGAGCAUUGCCUGCACCCUCUGCUGCAUCUUCAUGAUCGGGGAGGUGAUAGGUGGGUACCUGGCACACAGUCUGGCCAUCAUGACGGACGCAGCCCACCUGCUGACAGACAUAGGCAGCAUGUCCGUCAGCCUCUUCUCCCUCUGGGUCUCUACUCGCCCACCCACCAAGAUCAUGAGCUUUGGCUGGCACCGCUCAGAGACACUGGGUGCACUGGCCUCUGUCCUCUCCAUAUGGGUCGUGACUGGGGCCCUUGUCUACCUGGCAGCUGCCCGCAUCAUCAGCAAUGACUACGAGAUUGAGGCACGAGCCAUGCUGGCUACAUCUGCCAGUGCUGUUGGCGUCAACUUGGUCAUGGCCUAUAUCCUGCACCAGUCUCCUGUCAGCCAUGGCCACGGCCACAGCACAGGGGGCUAUGAGCAGCUGGAGAGCACUGGGGGCUGCCUGCCCAGCCAUGUCCCCCUGCCUGGAAGCACCAGUGUCCGUGCAGCCUUCGUCCAUGUGGUGGGUGACCUGCUGCAGAGCAUUAGCGUCCUUGUGGCUGCCACCAUCAUCUACUUCAAGCCCCAGUGCAAGAUUGCAGACCCCAUCAGCACUCUCUUCUUCUCAGUCUUUGUCCUUGGCUCCACCUUCACCAUCCUAAGGGAUGUCUUUAGAGUCCUCAUGGAAGGGACACCACGGGACCUCGAGUUCGAUGCAGUGAAGGAGAUGCUGCUGGCGGUGAAUGGGGUCAAGGGUGUUCAUGACCUGCAUCUCUGGGCCCUGACGCUGAGCCACCAUACCAUGUCAGUGCAUGUGGCUGUUGACACCAGCGCUGACCCCGAGAUGGUGCUUCACGAAGCCACCACCCAGCUGCAGAGCAGGUUUGGCUUUGCAUCAUGCACGGUGCAAGUGGAGCGGUACCAGGAGGAGAUGAUGGGCUGCCAGCACUGCAAAGACCCCUGUGCCUGA